CCCGAAAGUCGCUAAUACAAAAUUCACGUCAUCUACCAUUCAACCCACUGAAAAACACCAGGGUCUUCUUUGUACAACUUCAUAUAUAUCUCGCAUUGCUCUCUCUCGUCUGCAACUCUAAUGGCGGAAACAACAAUCACAGUAUCACCAGACAUAGCUGAGCCUUUAAUUAGGUCACAGAAUGGAGAUUCGUCACCAUCAAGAUCACCAUCGAGUAGGUCAAACCGACUGUCUCUUCUUCUAGGUCGUGCUUCUGGUCGUCGUGGUGGUGCAUCAACUUUAGUUAGAGAAACAGCAGCGAGCCAACUUGAAGAACGUAGAAUCGAUUGGGGUUAUUCAAAACCUGUUGUUGCAUUGGAUAUUGCUUGGAAUUUAGCUUUUACGAUUGUUUCUGUUGUUUUCCUUGGGUGUACUUUUGAUGAAAAACCUAAUACUCCAAUUAGGAUUUGGAUCUUGGGGUAUGCGAUACAGUGUGUGAUUCAUGUGGUUAUGGUUUGGUCUGAGUAUCAUAGGAGAAGUAAUAGAAGAAGGAAUCGGAGUGUUGAGGAUGGUGGUGGUAAUAGGUCAUCUGAUUCUGAUGUUAAUGAUAGUGAGGAGGAGGAAAUUGGAGGGGAUUCUUCUGGAUUUCGUCGUUCAAGUGCUGCUAAGCGAUGUGAAUCCCUCAAUACAAUAGCAUCCUUUAUGUGGUGGAUAGCAGGAUUCUACUGGGUAGUCUCUGGUGGUGAAGUCCUCUUGCAGAAUGCUCCACGUCUAUAUUGGUUGGCUGUAGUUUUUCUGGCAUUCGAUGUGUUUUUUGCCAUCUUUUGUGUUGCUUUGGCAUGCGUCAUUGGGAUCGCACUUUGCUGCUGUUUGCCUUGCAUCAUUGCAAUUCUAUAUGCUGUAGUAGGCCAGGAAGGUGCAUCAGAAGCAGAUCUCAGUAUGCUUCCAAGAUAUAGAUUCCAGAUCAGUAAUAACGAGGAGAAAUCUAGCACAGGAGGGGGGAAAAUGGUUCCCAUAACAAUGAAUGGUGGAGAAUUGGCAGAGGAACGUGUUCUUUCACCCGAGGAUGCGGAAUGCUGCAUAUGCCUCACUUCAUAUGAUGACGGAGCUGAAAUCCAUGGCCUGCCAUGCAAUCAUCAUUUUCAUGAAACAUGCAUCGUGAAAUGGCUUAAGAUCAACGCUUCGUGCCCCCUCUGCAAGUUCAAUAUCUUAAAGGGAAGCAAUGAACAAGUUUGAAAAGAUAGAUAUGAAUGCGCUAAGAGCCAGACCAGAUUUUAUGUGUAUAUAAAAAAGAGGAAUUAUUAUUACAUAAUUUUGAGCUUUAUCUCAGCCUUUCUGCUAUCUUUUGUCGUAUUUCAUGGAAUUAUUCAUCUCGUAUAGUUGUAACUUGCAAUAAGUUAUUUUUUGCUUUUGAUGGGUGAAAUUGUAGAAUAAAAGAUCCUUGCUUAUAUUUAAAACUCUUCUGCAA